CAACAACUUUAUAACAUGGAUGUAAUAAGAGAAUAUACAUUGGAAGAGGUUGCCAAACAUAAUACACCAAAGGACUUGUGGCUGGUCCUAGACGGCAAAGUCUACGAUUGCACGUCAUUCGUCGAUAACCAUCCUGGAGGCGCAGGCUACCUUACAUACUUGGCGGGCACCGAUGCCACCGGUCCAUUCAUGUACAACGAGCACUCAUCAGCAGCCAUCGAACAGUUGAAGCCCCUAUACAUUGGUGAGUGCACCAACACCAAGACACCACCGGGCAAGUUCGCAAAACACUACGCUGUUCACCGCGAGGUCAAGAUACGCAAGGGUUACAUGUCGCUUGCGAUCCGUGCCAUCAUCGUCGCAGCUGCCGCCUUUGUUGUCGCCAGAUUGUGGAUC